UGCCUUUUGUUUUGUAGUGCUUGCCAGCACUAUCUCCUCAUUAUUUUGACACACAGCCUUGUGUUGAGUCCAGUGAUAAGAAAGAUUAAAGAAGGGGUUACUCUUUCUCUAAGCUUUGGCUUCUCACACGACCCUACAGGAAAAGAUGACUCCCCCAAGCAGUUAGCUCCUCCCACAAAGCAGGUGACACUCAGUUAUUAGCUCCACCCACUAAAAAAGCAACACUCAGUUAAAUGUAAAUAUAAAGGUCUUGUCAGAUAGCUAACUGAGCUGCCAGAGACAGACAGCAGAUGAGACAAAAGCACUGCCUGGAUUACACUUGAGAGAAACACUGUAAAAGAAUCCAUUUCAUCACGGCAACAUCAAAAUACCGUGGAAUGAAUGACAUGGAAGAUUUUUAUUUUUUUCAAACAACACUGGCUUUUUAUGCCCAGCUAAUGAGAGCUCAAAACAUGAUUUUAAGGAAGGUGAUUGGUUGUCAAGUUAUAGAAUAUGAUUCACUGUAAUUGCGUUUUGAUUUCCAAAACAAAACAACAACAAAAAAACAGUCAACAAGAUUUGUCUGCGCCUUGCAUUUAACAGUGAGGCUUUGUAUGAAAACCACACAGAACUGAACACGUUUGCAUUGAAGGCAGGAGAAGCUUCCUCCUCAUUCAAGUCCUCAGCAUGGCACUUGAAGACGAUAUUGUGUAUAUCGUGGUUGAGGUGGUCAUCGCGCUCGUGUCCUGCCUGGGAAACCUGCUGGUCAUUGGGGCAGUGAGGCUCAACCACUCCCUGAGAGAGCCCACCUUCUUGUUCAUUGUUUCCCUGGCUGUGGCAGACUUAGCCGUGGGAGCUGUGGUCAUUCCUCUCGCCAUCAUCCUUAUCGCUGGACUGGAAACACAUUUCUACACCUGCCUGUUCAUCUCCUGUGUCAUACUGAUAUUAACUCAGAGCUCAAUCCUGUCCCUUCUGGCUAUUGCAUUAGACAGGUAUCUACGUGUCAAGAUCCCAAUUAGGUACAAGACCAUUGUUACCCAGCGGCGUGCCUGGGCAGUAGUUGCAGCCUGCUGGCUGCUCUCCACAGUGCUGGGCAUCAUCCCCAUGUUCGGGUGGAAUAACAAAGCAAGCCUUGGGAACGAGACGAUGAACUCCAGCUGCAUGAACUGCACGUUCAUAUCCGUCAUUAGCAUGACCUACAUGGUCUACCUGAACUUCUUCGGCUGGGUGUUGGUCCCCCUGCUGAUGAUGAUUUGUUUGUACGUGGAAAUAUUUUACAGGAUCAGAAAACAGCUGAACCAGAACACGGCCAACUCCACAGAAUCCACAAGAUAUUACAGGAAGGAACAGAAACUGGCGAGGUCCCUGGCUGUGGUCUUGUUCUUGUUUGCUGUGUGUUGGCUUCCUCUGCACAUCAUCAACAGUGUUCAGUUCUUCAGCCCUCAGACUGAAGUCCCUCAGAUCGCCAUCUAUAGUGGCAUUCUCUUGACUCACGCUAACUCUGCAGCUAACCCCAUCGUGUAUGCUUUCAGGAUAAAGAAAUUCAGAGACGCGUACACUCAGCUCUGGAAUAAAUACUUUCACUGGAAAGAGCCCGGAUUGCCCGGCUCCACUACAGUGGAACACAACAGUGAUGCCCAAGUCACUCACAGCACAGUGGAGAGAUCGAAGCCGAUCUCAGCUGGCAGUGUUUACCAAUGAGAGUUCAGCUGAUUUACAGUACAUUCGAACUGAAGAGCAGCCCCCCUGAACUCAGGAGAAAGCACGUCAAACCAGCUGCAUACUCUUUAAGGCACAAAUUCUGCCGUCUUAUGCAAUUUACUAAAUGCAUGUGAAAUAACUUCAUCUUAUAUAUGAGCUUCCUUAACUCCCCCCCAAAUAAAUAUAGGAUGUAUUGAUCAGAUAUUAAUUGUACCAAAACAUGUAUCUUACCAAUUUUGCUAAAUGAUUUUAAUCUAAACUUAAAUCCAGCCUCUGAAGGUCUGUGGUUGCAGUAAACAAGUUAAUAGAUGCAGUGUGUGUGUGUGUGUGUGUGUGUGUGUGUGUGUAUUGAGAGAUAGAUAUAGAUGUAGAUAUGUGUGGGUGUGAAAACAUAUUUCCAUGUAAAUUCAUACAGUAAAUAUGUAUGUAUAUAUUUCAGAAUGUAUCAUUUAUACUGUAUAUAACAGAGCCCACCAAUACUUUUGCGGUAUAUUUCAUAUGUGUUUAUUUAUUAUUUUGUUCAUAAUGGUUGUAUCACAGUGGUUGCAAUGACUUCUCUCUGUUUGGGACGCCCUUUUUCAGUGGGAUUUGACAGAUUUUCCAAUCUGAGAAGUUUUUAACUCAAAUUUCAAAUCAUAAUAUCUAUUUUUUUAAAUAUAAUCUAUACCCCGUGGAGCAGUUGAAGCAGCAUUCGUGUUAUCUGGGGAGUGGGUGGAACCUGCCAAAGGCAAAACUGAUUAAUUGAAAUGUAUUCAUUUCCGCAGCCUAGCUCUUCUGAAUUUCACAAUGCAAGCACUGCAAGCAGAGUUGCAUACAUUUGCUAAAUCUUUGACUAUCUGGCCCCUAGUUUGCUGUUUCUUGCUGUACCUAAUAUGAAGUCAGUGACCCGUCUCUGAGGAAGAAGCAAUCUCUUAAACUGCCGACUUGCAGUUUCAUACUCCCAUUUCGGCCUCAGCUGUGUUUCCGUUUCUUAGUCUGAAUACUUCCAGUUCCUUAGAAAACUUUCAGUUUCCAGUUUGGCAGCUUCUAGUUAUUGGUAGAUUCAGUUGUUUGCUUUAUAUAGAGCCCUGUCUUUCCUAUGUGCUAACUGUAUGGUGUGGUUUGGUCUUAAAGGCCUAAUCCAAUAUUUUAAUGCUUUUCAGCUCUGGAGGCCCGGAUUUGCACCAGCGCUUCCUUGUAGUCUUGCUGUUUUCAUCGUUGCUGUCCGCUCUGCAGAUCUCCCUCUUCUUUCUGAUGCUUUGCUUAAUGGAUCGAUUGAAAUCAUUCUUGUUUAGUCUGGCCUUCUUGGUCUUUAGGAUGAAGAGCUCUUGCUUUUCCAGCAUGAUGUCUCUGAACUUUGCCCUUCCACUUUCUACAGAUACUCCUUGACCCAGCCUACAGCAAUGGACAAACGUUUUGCAUCACCUACAACAUCAGGAUUGAGACCUAAUUAAUCUAUCUAUCUAUCUAUGAAUAUAAUUUGGAUCUUUUAUUUAACAUCACAUAAUCAAAGAAGCUGCAAAGUGAUCUUGCAGAAGUCUACUGGAAGUGUUUCAUGUUAGAUUUUGAAAUGUGACAUUUUUGAAUUUGUGUCAGUUGUUUGUUAAACUAUGUUAGCGUCACGUUAUGCAGCUGGUUUAAUCCGCCUUUAUGAAGUGAAAUGAGUUCAUUCUAUAUAGAGGGUGCUGUGAAUCUUCGACCCUAGCUGUGUGUUGUGCGCACUUUGUCUCCAACGCUGGCCUUCCAGACAUUGGAACAUUCCCAACUUGCAGCUCAGCUGCAGGUGCUGGAAUUGUCAGCAGCCCUGCUUGCCUAGAGCCAGUGCACCUUCAUGAGCACGAAAUUCAAGGUCGUUUUAAACAGGUGAGCUGGGUGCAUUGUGAGCAGCCCUGCUUGCCUAGAGCCAGUGCACCUUCAUGAGCACGAAAUUCAAGGUCGUUUUAAAUAGAUGAGCUGGGUGCAUUGUGAGCAGCCCUGCUUGCCUAGAGCCAGUGCACCUUCAUGAGCACGAAAUUCAAGGUCGUUUUAAACAAGUGAGCUGGGUGCAUUGUGAGCAGCCCUGCUUGCCUAGAGCCAGUGCACCUUCAUGAGCACGAAAUUCAAGGUCGUUUUAAACAGGUGAGCUGGGUGCAUUGUGACUCUGUUGUGGCUGUGACUAAAGCAUGAUGUUUUUUUCAGUUUCCUCUAUUUCUCGUAUGUCUCUAUUUUUAGUCGAUAUGUGUUGCCUUGUAUGGUCUUGAAUCCUGUGCAUAUGACCCUUGUGCAGCUUUACAUCUCAACCAUGAAGUGCUGUAUAUACUGGCUCUGAACAAGUCAAGGUCUAUGAUGAAUCCGUAUCUUUGCCAAACCAUUGCCAGUGCAGUGCAUUUAUAACCAUGUACUGUGGUAUCCAAUGCUAAAAAGAUAUUUAGCAAUGCUUAGUAAUAAUAACGCAGUGAGAGGAAGGGUAUCCCAGAAAACCUGAUUUACUGUGGUAAAGAAAUAGGAAUGGCAUUGUAUAAGCUUGGGGAUGGGGGACUGUGGAAUUCAAUGCAAACUCUAUUGUGGCAGACAUGUAUACAGUUCAACUGCCCUGGACUGGACGCUGGCAGCAAUUCUUUAUUAUAUCAUGGCACGGCAGUGGAUGUCUGUAUUCCUUCACUCGCGAUGCUACAGUAUGUAUUGCUCUUCUGUUUCGGUCACUAAGGCUUGGUCAUUCUCUGUAAAUGUAACUCGAUUCAGGACCUGCUGCUUUCCUGCACCUUGCUUUAAAAGCCUUGUAUGGUUUUACAAGAGCCCACUAUAACCUCUGUCAGCUAGCUGGAUAGCUUGAUAUCUUGGUCUUUGCAACACAUUACCAACACUGAUAGGGCACAGGAAGUUUAUUCAGAACUGAUAGCAUCAUCCUGUACGUGCAUUUUCUGCAACUGUGCACCAUUAAACCUGCUGUGCCUUCCAAAUCAUGUUCCUGUAUAAUGUUAACAAAUAUGUAUGUGUAUGUAUUUGUGGUUAAUGUAUAUGCAUGUAUUUGUGGUUAAUGUAGAGGUUGUGUGCACAGGAUGACUGUAUUCAGUUUGCCUCUGAAUGGCCCUUUUGAUUCAAACAAGGAACAGAAAGGAGUUGAAAACCCCUCUUGGCAUGUUUUCAAGCCCAUAUUAACUUGUUCAGCUCUGGUUUCUGCAUUUAACAACAACUGUGUGCUUUGAAACAGCCGAACAAAAGCUGAGGUCAAAGGUACAAACAGAAUGGAGUUUCAGAUCAAGCAAACACCGCAUGAUAAGGAAAACACCCCAAACCUACAGCUGGUACCGUAAUGGAAAAAAGUGUGUUGUACUGCAAUACCCCUGAAAGCACACGCGCACUUCUGACACGAGCAGUACUCUGGGAUAUCACUUGCUUUGACUUUAUCAAAUGCAAUAUCGGCAGUGAUACAGGACUGUAACUUUUGACAUGGUUGGCAAAUUACUGCCCUGCAUCCAGCCCUGACCCAAGCAGUUUAGACAUGAGUAAACUGUGUAACUGUUAUCAAGCACGUGUGUGCUUAGCACUAACAGUGUAAAUAUGCAUUGCAAAAAAUGUGCCGUUCUCUGCAGUUUUCUCUAUGAAACCUCAUCUUCUUUAUGAACUUGCCUGGUAGUUUGAUAGUGAUUUUUUCAGCUGUUUUGUCAUUUUUCACUCAUUAUAUUUGUGUGGAUCUCUCUCUCUCUCUCUCUCUCUCUCUCUCUCUCUCUCUCUCUCUCUCUCUCUCUCUCUCUCUCUCUCUCUCACACACACACAAGUAUUUUCUAUUCUGUUUGAACUGAGGAAGUUUCACUGGAAGUGUGGAACUCUGUAGCCCUUACUGGGAAUUACAGUCCAGUCAGAAAAUGUGUGCGAUAGAUUAUUUAUUGAAACAUGCUGAAUUACAUAACAAUUUGUAGUUUUGACAGAUGCGACAUUUUGAAAACUAACAUGAAAUACUGUACUUCUGUUACGGCUUCCGGUAGACUUCACUUUGUUUUGCUGGAUUACAUGUUAAAUAAAAUAUCUAAAUGUUCAUCAGGUUAUCCAAAAAAAAAAAAAAAAAACAGUGUGACGCAAUCCUAAAAUUGGAGCUGAUGGAAAACUUUUGCCCACAGCUGUACAUACCAGAUAUUGUACAGAGAAUUACAAUCCGCUCUGCCAUAUACAGUAGUUGCCACUAGGGGGCAUAUUAAGCUCACGAGAGGAAACCCGACUGGAGGGGGGCCUUCACAGCGCUUGCUGCAGAAAAAGAACGAAAGCGCUUUCAGAGUUUGUUGAAGGAAAACUUGUUUGUACAGCUGCAUAGCUGCAGGUUAAAUGGCGAAAGCCCUUUAAUACUAUUAGAGUGAAUAAAUAACCACCACCCGGGGGUCUGCCAGGUUGCCCUGCUCACUGCCAUCUCAAGUUUAACAAUGAGGUCAAGUUUAAUGAACUAGUCUGAUCUGAACCCUAAUACCCCCUCCCUAAAAUGUAUCGCCCUAAUUGUAUGUAGUCAUGUUAGUACAAUUUAGUAAACUGGGCUGGGAUUAAAAUAAUCCCCAGUGUCAUCACGAGGCAUAAAAACAUGAUCAUAUCAACUGAUAGGAAAAGAGAUUGUAUUGGCUCGUUUCACAGGAAGGUUCAUUUCACAACAGCAGGUCAUGCUAACUGACAUUCAUAUUGCAGUAACCAUGACCAGGUCAUAUCAGAAGUAAUGUGCUCCAGACUGUACCCAAUAAGACUGUCAUUUCCACCAAGGGGGUCUGCAUCCUCCAAUCAGAGAACAACAGCAGCUUGCUGUUGGU